AUGGAGAAUCCAGUCGCCGAAAUCCCUACAGUCAUUCGGCUGCUCACGCAAGCUCCUCCAUCCCUCCAAGAGAAGACCAUCAAUCGCUACUUUACGUCGUCGGCCGCAUUCGUCCACCCUUUCUGUCAAGUAUGGAGCUACAAUGACAGUCGCUGGGCCAUUAAGAAGGUCUACCAAUGGUAUAAGGUCAUGUCGCCGCGGAUAGAAUUGGAGGUGCAUUCUGUGGCAUACGACGAAGCCAACCUAAAACUCUACGUCCAGAUGUCCCAGAUCUUCACCAUCUGGAUCGUCCCUUUCCACGUCGCCCCUGUGACUUUGACGACGGUAUUAGACCUCACGACGGACUCGGGCGAUCGGAAUCUGACGAACGGCGACAAGACGCUCUACUAUAUCCAGAAGCAGGAGGAUCUGUACCAGCCGACGCAGUUCGUCAAGUUCUUGUUCCCGCAUUUCGGUCAUUGGUUUGUAAGGCUGUUCCACUUUUUCGCGACGUUGUUUUGCGUCUGGGGAGCGUGGCUCUUUUGGCCGUUUAUAUGGCUGGAGGAGAAUGGGUAUAUUCCGAAUUACAUGCUCAAGGGGGGAAACCUUGUGUCUGAUAUUCAUCAGAAGGCAGAUGAGAUUAAGGGGGAUUGA